GAAAAUCGGGCUCAGUUUUAAAUAUGAAGUGGAAGAGAGAAAGCUGAGAGGUCUGAAAGGGGGGACACGGGUAUCCCAGCCCCAUCAGCAGUCAUCAAAUAGUGUACCCACAUCUCCAUCAGGCAGCAGCUUCCCAAGGUGGCCUCAGAAAACACCCUGGACAUUGAUAGGAGGAGAAGGGUGCAAAGAGUCAGCCCAAAGUCCAGCACAACGCCCUCUAUUAGGUUAAUGUUUGCUAAACUGCAGGGAGCACGAAAGGAAAAGGCACCAGCAGACCUGCAGGGAUCAGCUCAGAACAGCCAUUGCUCUCCCCGGCCACGCGUCUGCUCCAACCCGAGCGCUGGCAAAGGGAUGGGGCUGCUCCUGAAGGUUCUCAUCCCCUUGCUGGGGCUGGGACUGGCCGUGUAUUUUUACUCAGGACCUGGGAAUUUCAACGAAGAGAUGCUCCGGGGGAAGAGAGUGAUCGUGACAGGAGCCAGCAGUGGCAUUGGGGAGCAGAUGGCGUAUCACCUGGCACGCAUGGGAGCCCACGUGCUGCUCACGGCGCGGACGGAGGCCAAGCUGCAGAAGGUAGUGGACAAGUGCCUGGAUCUGGGUGCUGCAUCUGCCCGCUAUGUGAGCGGCUCCAUGGAGAGCACAGCUUUUGCUGAGGAGGUGGUGAAAGAGGCUGAGAUCACCUGGGGAGGCCUUGACAUGCUCAUCCUGAACCACAUUGGCUACAGCUAUUUUAACUUCUUCAAUGGGGAUGUGGAUCACGUGCGGAAGGUGAUGGAGACCAACUUCCUCAGCUAUGUGGCCAUGACCGUGUCUGCCCUGCCCAUGCUGAAGGAGAGUGAGGGCAGCAUCGUGGUGGUCUCAUCUGUUUCAGGUAAAGUUGCCUCACCCUUCACUGCUCCCUACUCUGCGACUAAGUUUGCCUUGGAAGGAUUUUUCAGCUCCUUGAGGCAUGAAUUCAUCAUAGAAAACGUCAACGUUUCCAUCACGCUCUGCAUCCUGGGCUACAUUAACACAGAGAACGCGGUGCGGGCGGUCUCACACGUCAUUAAGGUAGCACCAGCACCCAAGGAGGAGUGUGCACUGGAGAUCAUCCGGAGCGGGGCCCUGCGUCAGCGUGAGCUGCAUUACCCUGCCAGCACCGUGACCCCAGCAGUGCUGCUGCGAGACUUUGCCCCUGACUUCCUGGAUGGCCUCAUUAGAAGCAACCAUCAGGUGGAAAACAUCAAGAGAGCACCGCCGUCCCAGGGCUCGGGGCAUUAGCACAGCUCUGAGCAGCCAACACUUCCCCAUGGGCAGUGGUGCCUCCAGAAAAGCCCACCCCAAAGCAGUGUUGGGGACAUUUCUGAAGGCAGCGUGGCUGGGAACUGACUGCACAACACUGGGCACUGGGAGCCUACGACACAACACAAAAAUGUUUAUUUAUGCUGCCUGUAAAUAGCUCCUCGCAGGCAGUGGGGGUCCCCAAAAGGGCUCUGCAAGGCCAGAAUUAGGAGCAGGCUGGGGGAUGCAGCAGCACCCAGAGCCCAACUGCUCCGUGUGCUUCGCUGCAUCUCACCCACAUCCCUCCCAAAGGAGGAGUCAGUCAAAAAGUUAUGGAUAUGGAAGGCAUCGGACCUGUAGAACGCAGCCUUGCGCUUUUGAAGGAAAGAU